AUGCUCCCCGGAUUUGGGACUCAAGAUGAUCCUGAACCUGCGUUAAGAAAGUCGUCCAUAAUUGACAGAGAGCUUUUGCGUCUUCGCGUUGGUGUUGCCGCUCUACAAGAGACUCGUCUCUCUGACGAAGGUAGUCUCUGUGAAGAUAACUACACUUUCUACUGGAAAGGGCGUGAGUCCGGUGAGCGCCGUGAUUACGGCGUAGGAUUUGCAGUUCGCAAUGAUAUUCUUAACUGCAUUGAACCGCCAAAGGGUAUUUCCGAGCGCAUCAUGUGUCUCCGAAUUAACACUCAUUCAGGGCCUGUAUUGUUGAUUUCUGCCUAUGCUCCUACCUUACAGGCUUCUCCCGAAGACAAAGAUGCUUUUUACGAAGAUUUAUGCCACUGCUUGACAACAAGCAACCGAUCUGAUAAACUCCUUCUCCUCGGUGACUUUAAUGCUAGGAUUGGAAAUAACCAAAACAAUUGGCCGGACUGCGUGGGAUUACAUGGCAUUGGGAACAUGAAUGAGAAUGGUCAACGCCUUCUAGAAUUUUGUGCAUCCCAUUCCUUGUGUAUCACUAACACCUACUUCCAUAAUAAAGCGGCCCAUAAAGUGUCGUGGAGACAUCCGCGUUCCGGACACUGGCAUCAGUUAGAUUUUAUUAUCACCAGAAGACGGGAUCUUCGUGACAUCCUUAAUGCCCGAACUUAUCACAGCGCGGACUGCGAUACAGAUCACUCCUUAGUUAUGGCCAAGACAAGACUAAUUGCAAAAAAGAUACACUCGGCAAAUAACGUCUCUCGAAGAAUAAAAAUUAACACAAAAUCUGCAAUUGAUGAAAGGUUAUAUAACCGAUUUAAUAGGGAGAUCGAAAACAAACUCAGCCCAGAAACACUGGAGAACCUACCGAAUAGCGAAAGUAUGUGGUCCAUAGCAAGGGAUACUAUCACUCAGAUUGCUCUCGAAACAUUUGGGACACAAGGCAAAACCCAAAAGGACUGGUUUGCAGAAUAUGAGGAUGAAUUACUACCCUACCUUGAGAGUAAACGUAAUGCUUACAUAAGCUAUCUGAAUAACAUGGACAAUGAAAGGCUCAAGCUUAGGUACCAAACCGCCAAAGCUGAUCUGCAGCGUGUAUCGCGCCAUUACGCAAAUCGUUACUGGGUUAGCCUUAGUGAAACUAUCCAACAUUGCCAUAAAAUUGGUGAUUUUCGAGGGAUGUAUCAAGGCAUCAAAACGGCCAUAGGGCCUGUUGCUAGAAAGCGAGCAGAGAUAAAAGACCGUCAAGGUAACCCUAUCUCUGACAAACAACAACAACUAAGAAGAUGGCAAGAACACUACUCUAAUCUCUACUCCGAUGAGAUCAACAUCAAUCCCACUGCCUUAGAUUCUUUACCAGUUUUCCCUUCUAUGUCAGAUUUAGACGAUCCACCUACAUUGGAGGAAUUUCAACAAGCAAUUAAAAGCCUAAAGCUAGGCAAGAGCUCUGGGCGCGAUAACCUACCAGCUGAAAUCAUCUCAUAUAAAUGCGUAGUUCCGAUUCUCUAUCAAGUUCUACUUAAAUGUUGGGAAGAGGGCACUGUACCUCAGGACAUGCGGGACGCAGACAUAAUUACGCUAUACAAGGGUAAAGGAGACAGAGGAGACUGUAACAACUACAGAGGUAUCUCACUCCUCAGUGUCACAGGGAAAGCUUUUGCCAAGGUGAUUCUGAAGAAGAUUGAAACUCUUGCCGCAAGAAUAUACCCCGAGUCACAAUGCGGUUUCAGGCCUGGUCGUUCCACAAAUGACAUGAUAUUUACUCUGCGUCAACUUCAGGAAAAGAGUCGCGAACACCAGACACCCCUCUAUAUUGCAUUUGUCGAUUUAAACAAAGCCUUCGACUCUGUAAGUAGACAAGGCCUUUACAACAUACUUUUUAGAAUAGGGUGCCCACCAACCUUACUUUCCCUAAUCAAGGCUUUCCACGACAACAUGCAAGGUUCUGUUAUCUUCGACGGCCUUACUACAGAAGCUUUCAGCAUGAACCGUGGCAUCAGACAGGGCUGUGUCUUAGCGCCUACCCUUUUCGGUAUCUUCUUUUCGGCUAUACUGAUAGAGGCCUUUAAACAAUGUGAUAUCGGAAUUCACCUACACACGAGAAAAGAUGGAAGACUUUUCAAUAUCCAACAUCUGAAAUCAAUAAACAAGCGAUAUGACAUACUGUUCCGCGAGCUACUGUAUGCUGAUGAUGCAGCUCUAGUAGCUAAAUCUGAACAAGAACUGCAGGAACUCGUAAAUAGGUUUGAUCACGCUUGUCGCCUAUAUUCUAUGAGUAUAAACACCAAAAAAACUGUCAUCAUGGCUCAAGGCGUCGACCAUCCACCUCAUAUCACGCUCGAUGGAACUCCUCUAGAAAUUGUUGAUCACUUUUGCUAUCUCGGAUCUACUACAACAUCCAAUCUUUGUAACAAUAAGGAAAUUGAUACUCGCAUUGGAAGAGCGGCUUCAAACUUUGGCAAACUCUCUACGCGUGUUUGGAGAAACAACAAGCUCACCAUUACUACCAAGAUCCUUGUAUACAAAACCUGCGUACUCAACACGCUACUAUACGGCUCGGAAACAUGGACCACUUAUUCCAAGCAAGAACGUCGCCUUAACGCUUUCCACUUGCGCUGCUUGCGCGCGAUACUCGGUGUCACUUGGAAGGACAGGGUGACUAACGAAGCUGUCCUAAGCAAGACCAAUUGCAACAGCAUCCUAGCAACUCUGAAACAGAGAAGACUUCGCUGGCUGGGACACGUUUAUCGUAUGGACACCGAAAGAUUGCCACGUGAAGUCAUGCUCGGGCAGAUUGCUGAUGCAAAAAGACGAGUGGGUCGCCCAAACUUACGUUUCAAGGAUUGUUGCAAACGUGACAUGGACAGCUUCAACAUCGACGCUAAUUCUUGGGAAACACGCGCCAAUGAGAGGCUCUUAUGGAGACGCGACCUGCGCACCGGAACUGCAAUAUAUGACGAAGCCUGGCUCGACAACAUUAAGCAGAAAAGGCUGCGCAUUAAGAACGCUGCACCCGUGGUCGACCCGCGCUUCACCUGCGACAAAUGCGGCAAGAAGUGUCGUGCAGCUAUUGGCUUAUUUAGUCAUAAAAGAAAGUGCUUGCGGCACUAA